CCCACAUCUUGAAAGAAAAGCUUAUACUGAUAAUUGAUAUAGUAACUGAUAAACCCAACUAGAUAACAAAAAACAAGACAGGCAUAUAGCUACUAUAUAGUAUAACAAUUACACUACAUCUUCUUGAGUUUCUGUUUUAGAAAUGCUUAGCCUAGGAAGUUAUCCAAGGCAACCCCAAUGUUGUGCCAUUAAUUAUACCCCAAUUUCACAAUCCCUUCCUUUUUUUUCCAAGAUUCCUCAAACCCAAUUCUUUUUUGCCUCAAACAAAGUGACCCAUCAAAGCAUUCAUCAUCUUGUAUGGAAAAAACAAACUGGGGUGUGCAUUUUUGCACUCAAAGAUGAAGAAAAAAGUGGCAAUAGCGUAGUAGAAAUAGAUGAAAUGGAGAAUCUUGAUGAUGAUGUGGAUGAUUUUCUUGAAGAUGAUGGUGAUGUGGAUGAUGUUGAUGAUGAUGAGGUGAUUAUUCCAUUAAGAAAUAUGAAGAAGUGGUUAGAAAACAAGCCUAGUGGAUUUGGAGUAGAUAAAGAGUAUGAUACUUCAGUUGAAGAUAAGUUAAUGGAAGAAAUUGAGCAGAGUAAAAAAGCUCAGCUUGCUAAUAUUAAUAAGCUCAAGAAUAAUAAUCCUGUUAAAGCAAAUACUACAAAAAAUGUUCAGCAGGAUAAAGAUGUUCAGGAUGGACUCCGUGUGCGCUUGGUCAAUCUACCAAAGAAAAUGAACGUUGAUAAGGAUCUACGAUUGGCUUUCAAAGGAGUUCCCGGAAUAGUUAACAUAGUCCCAGUUGUGUCUGGGAACAAGAAGACCAGAAAUCCUAUUUGCAAAGGCCUGGCCUAUAUUGACUUCAAGUCUAAGGAUGAAGCACAAAGAUUUGUGAAAAUGUUCUCUGGACAAAGUAUAAAUUUUGGUAAGAUUCAGAAGCCGAUGAAGUGUGAGAUGAUAAAUCCCGGAUCACCCAAGUCCACGACUAUACAAUCAGUUGAUAAAAUUAAGUACACUCCUGAACAAGAAAUACCUGAUCUACACGGAGACCUGGGUGAUGAUUUUGAUACAGAUUUCCUUUCGGAUUCAGAGGAAAACAUCUCCACUGACCACGAUAUUGCAGAGGUGGAGGACUUAUCAGUACAUACAAAUGAUUGUGUAGAAAAUUCAGAAAUUUUAUCUGUAGAGUCCACUUCGGGUGAUGAGCAGGAUGUCGAAGAAGAGUCUGAUUUCUCAGAACAAAAGAAAGUCCAAGCAAAGGAGAAGAAGAAAAAGCCUAAGCAAAAGAAAGAGAAUGUCGCAAAAUUGAAUAUUCCAGGAUCUGCGCGCAAGUUGAAAAUUAAGGAGAAAGCUCUACUUACUGGUGUGUUAUCCAAAUAUGCACAAAAAACGCCGUCUUGACUGGGGAAAAAAAAGAGCUAACAAUGGCCGGCAUUCACAUUUCUGUAG